GCGCCGCACCGGGCACCACCUCUGCUGCCUCUCCUCAACUCGAUCCCGCGCCGGCCUAGCUCGUGAAGCUCCGCAAGAUCUCGCGCACGUAUCGAUCGAUCGACCUCCACCGUCUGCAAGCAGCUUGCUGGCUAGAUCCGAUCCAUCGCCAUGGCGUCCACGCGUGCGCGUACCCUCGCCGCGUUGCUCGCGUGCGUGCUGCUCGUCAGGUUCGCCGAGGGCAGCGCGGCGCCCGCCCCAGCCGGCAGCUCCGUCUUCGGGUGCAACCCGGUCACGGACAAGACGUGCCGGCCGGAGGGCCUAGGGGAGGACGGGGCCUCCGGCGUGAAGCUGCCGACCGUGCCGGGCAGCGGCGUCGACGUCGACGGCGACGGCGAAGAAGACGAGCUGCCCUCGUUCGACACCCACCUCAGCAUCCUUGGCCAUGGCCAUUGA